AUGGGGUCUAUUCAGAAGACCGUUUCACGCUUCGAGAUCACUGCCGUCUACACGCAUCCUGAAGCCAAUGUCGAUGUCGUUUUGGUCCACGGUCUGAACGGCGACCCAAAGAAUACGUGGACGGCCAAGGACGACCAUAACCACAGCAUUUUUUGGCCUGCAGAUCUUCUCCCAAUGUCACUUAGAGGCCUUCAGGCCAAUAUCCUAGUAUACGGCUAUAACGCUGACGUAUACUCAACCAAGAACGACUACAGCGCCAGUGACAACUUCAUUUAUCAACAUGCUCAAAGCCUCGUCACUACCCUGACCCUCUACCGCAAGAGCGAGGGUAGUUCUAAUAAUGCCAUCAUCUGGGUGGCACAUAGUCUGGGCGGUCUCCUCGUCAAACGUUGUCUGUUAUACUCCAACGACGUCAAGGACAGAAAUCAUGAGGACUAUAGAGCCAUAUUCGUCUCUACCUACGGAAUCGUCUUCCUCGGCACCCCUCAUGGGGGCUCUGAUAUGGCGAAAUGGGGCCAGAUGAUCCAGAACAUGUCCGACGCCAUCAUCCCUCGGAAGCUCUUCGACAGUGAGUCCGUACUUCUCAAGACUCUGAAAAAGGACAAUGAAACCUUGCAAAAUAUCAACAUCCACUUUCUCGACAUAUAUCAACGGUUCAAGAUCCACAUGGUCCACGAAAACCACAAGACUGAUGUCAAAGGCACAAAGAUGUUAGUUGUCGACGCACGCUCGGCUGGACCACAGCUGCCGGGGGUUACAUACUACGGCAUCGAGGCCACCCACUCUGGCAUGUGCAAAUUUCCCGACCAACAUGCACCCGGCUACCGCAACGUCUCGACUGCCAUUCGUGACUGGGUGAGGGAAUCUCCAUCAGUCAUCCAGACUCGGUGGAUCGUCGAGCGAGACGACAAAUGGGUGCGAGCUCAAACAGAAGCUGCCGAGAGGACGAGGGAAUAUAGCGAAACGUACUCGACACCACUGAUCUCGCCCUCAGAUACGCCCAGCACCACGGCCUUCCCUUCCCAGGAGGAAUCUCAGCCCGAUUUACGGUCUUCAUGGCCGCCUUUCAUCCACCCUGACCGUUUUCGUCCCAACGCGUUUUUCAAGGGACGUGAGGAGGAGCAUAGAGAUCUUCAUCGGAUGCUGAUGGACACAAGACGAAGAUCAGAAGGCACGUCAGCUGUUUUGAUCCAAGGAAUUCCCGGAGCAGGAAAGUCACACCUGGCACGGCAGUACGUAUUCGAUCACAAGGACGACUAUCCCGGCGGUAUAUAUUGGAUCAGAUCGACCACGGUGCAGGACAUGGAAGAAGGCUUCUGGCGGAUUGCCAAAACCGAAGCUAUCAGGCAGAGGGUCGGCCAAGAGAAGAAAGACGACCUAUCCGACCCCCAGAAGAUGGUGAAGAUUGUACGAAAUUGGUUCAACGAGUUUAACGGCUGGCUGCUAGUCCUCGACGGCAUUCGCUUCGACAACGACAAAGUGACCAACUUUAUUCCUGACUGUAAAAACACCAGCCUCAUUCUGACGUCGACGGAACGGCCUGAUCCAGGCAACUAUCUCCUGGACAACCCAAGCAUCAUGGAGCUUGGCCUCCUUCCGGCUCAAGCCGCUCGAGAUCUCUUGCUCCAGGAGAUGGGCAAGAGGCAGCCAUACACAUCCGACGACCUGAGACGUGCCUUAGAGUUGGUACAGCUGAUGGAUCGCCUUCCCUUGAUGAUCCAUGCUGCCGCCCAGCAGAUGAAUGCGACUCGGGAGCCACUUGCAAAGUAUCUCAAGUCCUUCCGCGACAAGCCCAGACCCGGCAUGCUGCCUGCGUAUAAGACGAUACGAGAUCAGCUUCAAACUCUUGGAGACACAUCCGCACUGAAUCUGAUGUACAUCCUCUGCUUCUUCAGCCAGUUGGUCCCGGUAGAAAUGCUCGCGCUUGGCCUGAAAGCUUUGGACAGGGCCACCCCAAUCAGAACAGAUGCGAACGGCAAGCCCCGCAGCUUGAACAAGACCUUCAUCACACUCAUCAGGUUUGCACUCAUUGAGAGGAGCGAAAUGGAUGAUAUACCGUCUUCAAGCUCGCGAACUUCUGAACACAGCAGCGAUCCGGCGGCAGAGCCACUAGAUGUCCUCCGAAUCCACAGCGUCGUCCAAGCGUUUUUCAUCCAGCUCCUUGCGGAAGAGAAGCAGUUGGAAUUCUGGCUUGCUCGAGCAGCCCGCAUCUUCUGCCUCUCUUUUGAGGCAGCCGAUGAUCGGAUGAAGAAGGACCCAACGACUGGUUUGCCUGACGACUACAGAAGAUACGCUAUACACGGGAGGAAGCUGAUGGAACACUUGGAUCGGCACUACAAAUCUAAAGACGUUUCCAAAAACGUCGCUGCAGAGCUAGCAUCACUCAGACAGAAUCUGAAAAGCAAGCUCUCGAAGCUACCGAAAGAGAUAGAUGGCUUACAGAGGGCGAUUUCGGCCGGUAUCGUCGACGGCAAGGAGGUCCUAGAUCACUGUUCAGUCUUUGAGCGUACGAACAGCCUAUCUUCGGAAUCCACAAAUACGUCGAACGCCUCUGACGGUCGCGGGCCAGAUGCGACCAUGCCGUACGUGCCUCAAGCAGACAGCGACGACGCAUCUUCUACACCGCGGCCGCCGGCCUACAGUCCAGGGACCCGACACAUUUGA